UUUACUGACCUUUAUGUACAAUAGUGACAAGAGAUAAAAGUAUAGUAUCAAUCAUAUCAUGUAAUUAAAUUUUAUUGAAAAAAAAUCGUCGACAUUCACUGGCCACUUUUUCGAAACGCCAUAGCUUCAUGAAAAACAGUGAAAUUAUAUUUUGUAUAUCUUUAAAUAUAAUUGUAAAGUAUACAUUUAUUAACUAAAACAUAAAACAAACAUGCCCUCCUAUAUCUGUUUUAUCUAAGGAUGUUAUGGAAUAGACAACAAAAGUAAAAUAUCAUUUCAGUUCGAAAAAAUAAUUCUUAUUUUGUAUUAUUUAAUACAUAUUGGUAUACGUAAUGUUGAUGACAGAAGAUAAAUAAUAAAAACAAAAUAAUAUUUGACUAUUUAUCGUAAUAUGAUUCCUUGUAAUAAAGAAACUGUCGACCUCCUAUGUACACUUUGUGUGCAAAGUGUCUGCAAUGGUGCAUCGGUUUGAUAAUGGUAAAAAUAAUGUUUACCUGAAUGAUAUAAUUGUGCACAUAUGUAUAUCUAUAAUACAGUGAAUAGAAUGGGAAAGCAAAACGGAUCUUGUUGCUGGUUUGUGAAAGCCGCAAAAUGGAUACCAGUUAUUUUUAUUUUGACGAUUGUCUUAUGGUCGUAUUAUGCUUAUGUGGUGCAGUUAUGUUUUUAUACUGUAGAUAAUUAUGUUCAAAAAGCUUUUUAUUUGUUUUUUUACCACAUCCUGUUUCUAUUAUUUUUAUGGUCUUAUUGGCAAACUGUAUUUACAGACCUAAUAGAAAUACCAUACAAGUUCAAAAUACCAGAUGCAGAAAUGGAAAAAUUUCAUCAAGCUGGAACGGAAGAAGCACAGAAGCAAAUCUUAGAGAGAUUUGCACAAGGUCUUCCAGUUACAAAUCGCACUAUAAAAGGAGUCAUACGUUUCUGUGAGAAAUGUCAAUUAAUUAAGCCAGAUCGAGCACACCAUUGUAGUAUAUGUAGUACAUGUGUUUUAAAAAUGGAUCACCACUGUCCAUGGGUGAACAAUUGUGUAGGUUUCCACAAUUAUAAAUUUUUCAUGUUGUUCCUGGCAUAUGCCCUUCUUUAUUGCAUAUUCAUUACUGCUACAUCGUUACAAUAUCUCAUACGUUUUUGGAAAGGGGAAUUGGAUGGAAUGGGUAGAUUCCAUCUAUUGUUCUUAUUCUUUGUCGCAUUGAUGUUUGCAGUUAGUUUAACUUCCCUUUUCUCUUAUCAUUGCUACCUUGUUUUACAUAAUAGAUCUACAUUAGAGGCAUUUACACCACCUAUGUUCCGCACAGGAAAGGAUAAGGAUGGUUUUAGUCUUGGAAAAUACAAUAACUUCCAAGAAGUGUUUGGUGAUAAUCGCAAACUAUGGUUCCUUCCUAUUUUUACUAGUCUCGGAAAUGGUGUCGCCUAUCCAGUACGUGCGCAACAUCAAGGCACAUCCAAUACUUAUGACUCCAUGGGCAGUACCCGAAACAGGAGAAGAAGUGGGAAACAUUUUCUUCAUAUCUUUUUGGUAAAUUUAUGCACUUCCUUUUUUACGGAACCAUUUUCUUUCAGUUAUUAUUUAUUUUAUACAGAGUUCCAGAGUAACAAAGUUACAUAUAUAUAUUUGCUUCAUGAAUGCAUGCAAGUACUUAUUUUAUUUAUGCUUUUAAUCAAUUCUAUUUUAAAGGCCAAUGUUAUAUUUAAAAACUUUAUUGAAUUAUUAUUAACAUUGAGAGUAACAUAAAAUUGAUAAAAUUACAAUUUUGAUGUUAUAGCUAUAUGUAUCUAAUGCUCUUAUUAACUGUUGAUUAAUGAGGUGCGUGUUCUGUUAUUUGUUGAAAUGUGUUCUGCAAUAAUGAAUUUUAGUCAAUACAAUAUUAAUUUUCUAUGUUGAAAAAUGGCAUUUUUACAAUAUUAGCAAAUAAUACUACAUUUAUACUACAAUGAUAAAGUAUAUUAAAAUUUAUUUAUAUAUUUAUAAUAAUAUUAAUUGCAGACAAUUAUUGUGAUAGAUUGUAAAAUAGGUGCUAUGUUUAUUUUUAUGCAAAAAUGUAUAUUUUUUGUAGAUGCAUUAUAUUGUGUGUUAAUAGAGAUUAUCAGUAUAAUUAUUUUACUACCAUAAAAGAUAUUGUGCAUCUGGUUCUUGCAAAUUGAUAUUUAUUUGAUUCUUAGAAGUGGCGUAACUAUAUUUAACAUUAUUUUUUCUGUAUGUAUACAGUUUUUAUUUAUGAAUAAUAAAUCACAAAUAAACGCGAAGAAAAGCAAAAAA